CGUUAUCAUUGUCCAUUCAUUGUCACUUACUGAUUAAAAAAAUAAUUAAUCUGAUAAUCUCAGACGUCAUUCUAGCACGGAAAAAGUUACAACAUUUUGUAUUCAUAGUUUUCUAAUACUUAUUGGGACCUCCAGUUAUUCUAAAUUAUAAAUUAGUGAAAGUAGUUAUAAGUGUAUACAAUAUCAAAUGCAGUAACAAAUAGUUAUGGGGAACUCUGGCUUAAAGCAACAUUACGAUAUUGCAUCCAAAACGGGUGUUUUGCAAAUAUCGGACCAUAAAUUAAAAGAUAUACCGGUAGAAGUACUCGAUUUGAGUGAUAUUUUGAGGAACUUAGAUUUAUCCAAAAAUAAGUUGGUACAUUUGCCUGAUGAUAUAAGCAAGCUGAAGAAUUUAAAACAGCUCAAUAUCGAGUCCAACAGAUUAGAAACAUUGCCGAACUCGAUAGCCAAUCUGAAAAAAAUUGAGUUAUUCAACGCUUCUAACAAUGUGUUAUUGGAAUUGCCAUCUUCCUUCUCGAACUUAAGUAACUUGAAGCAAAUCUACCUGAACAAUAACAAUUUCAAGCAGUUUCCAAUACAACUGCUGGGGCUGAAGAAUUUGGAUGUCGUCGAGCUAUCUCACAACAAGAUUACGGGGAUACCUAGUGGCAUGUCUCAAUUAUAUGCAGCUGAACUGAACUUGAGUCAAAAUGAGAUUUCUUUCAUCAGUGAGGACCUCCACCAGGCACCAAGGUUAAAAAUCUUGAGAUUAGAAGAGAAUUGCUUGAGCCUUGAAGCAAUCAGGCCAAGUUUGCUGCGGGACUCCAAGAUCCACACUGUGAACUUAGACGGCAACCUCUUUGAGUCAAAGCAGCUGGCUUCUAUGGAAGGCUACAAUGAAUACAUUGAAAGAUACACCGCAAUGAAGAAAAAAAUGUUUUGAAUAUUGUAAUGUAUUCAGGAGUAUGCUAAACAGCACAAAUUCUAUAAUUUUUCACUUUACACAACCUGAAUUCAAUUACAUUGAUGUGUCAUUGUCAUCACUCCUCAGAUUAUAGUGUCUUUUGGCACUUAGUUCUAUGAAGAAAAUAGUCACACAAACCCGUCUGCAAAAAGCAGCUCCCAUACACUAAAUUACAUGAAACUUAGCAUGAACAUUAUGUAAUAUUGAGACUAGUGCACACUUAUACUAAUAAUGGGAAAAAUAUUGUUGUAAUUAGUACCAUAGUGCAUGAAUGUAAUCUUUUUUCCAACCAAAUAUUUGCAGUAAUUAGUACUAGAAGAAGUAGGGUAUCGAUUAUUAUAUAUAUCGAUGUCUGGUACAAGUUUUUGUUGCUAAAAAUUGUUAUGCAAAGAAAAUAAUUUCUUUGUAUGGUGGCUGCUAGGUUUGUGUGACAUUAUUUAGUGAUGUCUAUCACUAUGUAACAGUGAUCUACACUUAGAGUUAAUUAUAGAGUAAUUUAUUUAUUGUAUUAAAUGUGAUGUUACAAGUGGA